GGCGCCCACUUCUCGUGCCGCACGGAGCUGGACCUGCGAGCCGAAGGCCCGGGGCUGUUCCUGAACACGUCGGCCGCCAGACGACUUCAGACAUUCGUCCUGCCAGGGACUCCCCCGGAAUUUGCCACCCCCCUCGUCCUGGAGGCCGGCACGCGGCAGCCCGUCACCUGCUCUCUGGAUGGGCUGUUUCCUGCCUGGGAGGCCCAGGUCCACCUGGCGCUGGGGGACCGGAGGCUGAACGCCACAAUCACCAGCGGCACAGACUCCCUGUCCGCCACGGCCUCGCUGGAGGUGACCGCGCAGGAGGAGGGUGACCAGCGGCUGGUGUGUGCAGUCCUGCUGGGCAACAGGAGUCUGGAGUCCUGGAGGAACCUGACCGUCUACAGCUUUCAGGAACCCAUCGUGACGCUAAACGUGACCGAGGCCUCCGAAGGGGACCUGGUGAUGGUGAGCUGCGAGGCUCACCCGGGAUCCAACGUGACACUGAGUGGGGCCCAAGCCCAGCCACUGCCCCACAAGGCCCAGCUGCUGCUGAACGCCCGCGCUGGCGAUAACGGCCGCAUCUUCUCCUGCUUGGCGUCUCUGGAGGUGGCCGGGCAGUUGCUGUACAAGGACCAGGCCCAGGAGCUCACCGUCCUGUAUGGCCCCCGGCUAGAUGAGAGCGACUGCCCGGGAAACUGGACCUUUCUGGAGGGCUCCGAGCAGACCCUGAGGUGCCAGGCCUGGGGGAACCCCUUCCCGAAGCUCAGGUGUCACCGCAAAGGCGACAACACUUCCCUACCCAUUGGGCACCUGAGGCCUGUCAGGCGGGAGCUUGCGGGAACCUACAUGUGCCGGGCCGUGAGCUCGCGCGGGGAGGCCAGCCGGGAGGUGCUGGUCACAGUCCUCUACAACGAGAAAAACAUGGUCAUUGUUAUUGUGCUGUUGGCCCUAGCAGCCAUCGUGAUCUUGGUGGCCUUCACUGCCUACUUCUAUAACCGACAGAGGAAAAUCAGUAAGUACCGGCUCCAGAAGGCAGCUGAGAAAGCCUCGAAGCUAAAGGCCCUGGGCGUGCCUGCUCCGGACUGCCCAGAUCUGGCCUCCUCACAGCUGCAGCAGGCCUGAGCCGAACAGACUGGUGGACUCGU